UCCCGUCAAAGACAAUAUUCUAACUUGGCGUCAUUGAAAAUCUUUGAUGGAUUGAAAUGCUAACAUGACGUUCUUGUCAAAGUUGAUUGUUGGAGACACCUGUCUUUUCCGGCACCACAUUUUGACUCGUCAAAUUGUCCAAUAGUGCUUAUAUUGAGCUAGAGUAGUUGAAACUUGAAAGUGUUAUUCACAUUUCAGAAUAACUAAGCUGUGCGCAUCAUCAAGAUUAGACUUUCUUACUUGUGAAGGUCGUCUACGCUAGUUCUUAAAAAUGGAAAGAAGAAUUGGUAAUUACUAUAUCGAGGUUAUGCUAGCAUUCAGUCUUACACUAUGGAGCAUGUUUUUACUUAGUUGAGCGUGCUUUUCAAGCAGUAUUUGAGCUUUGCCAACCUAUCUUUUGGAGAUAGAGUAUAUGACUUCACAAAAAUAUGCCCAAGAUUUUGCUGUUUGAUAGUUUAGGUUGUUAUUUAUAUUUCUGGUCUGACUAACAAAUUUGUAUAUCAAUCGAAACCAAUGUAAACUGAAAGGAGGAAAAUUUAUGUGAGUUCAAAUGCAUUGAAUAUUUUCUCUUGACCUAUUUAUGCCUUGAUUCUUCUUUUAACAGAGCAAGAUAUCAAUAAGGAUAUGAGGUAAUUUCCAACCUCCAUAAUUGCAGAGUACCUCAACUGGAUUGAUUGAUAUAUCUGUUUCAGGACAAUGGGAAAAGCUAAGAAUUUUGAGGAUGUGAGGAGAGGAAGUAUUAGAAUUGUGAGAUUCAUCAAGGGAAAGGUGCACGCUAGCCUUUCGUUAUCCAAGGAGAUCAGGGAAGGUCACUUUGUCGUGGUCGCGACGUCCCAAGGUUGGGAACCAAAAAGGUUCCUUGUAGAAUUGGGGUUUCUUCACAAUCCUGAGUUCUUGAAGUUAUUAAAGCAAGCUGAGGAAGAAUUUGGAUUCUCCCAUGAAGGAGCUCUUGCCAUUCCUUGUCGACCGGAUGAGUUGCAGAGCAUCCUCGGGUAAUUGUGUCGAUGCCCUUUUCAUGUUAUGACGUACGCUUCCAUAAAUAAGCUGUCGUAGUUGCUAGAUUACUUUUUGAUGUUGUUCUACCCAAUUCGGUUUUCUUGGUCCAUAAACCUAUUUGGAAGCUGUACGCAUGAUUUCAGUGUAUGUAGCACAAAAAUGGACGGGAUGCUGAAAUGGAAAACAUCAAACUAAUAUUUUUUAUAAGAACAUGUCAUAAGUAUAGAGUUCCGGAGUCCAGUAGCGCUUCUAGAAAUGAAAAUGAAACUCCGGAACGUAGAACUCCUGAAGUUUCCGUACAACAUAUAAGUUUCAUUGUAAUAAUGUUUAGUAGUAAACGGUGAAGAUGAAUCAAGCAUACUUCUGAGCUUCUGUAGAUUCUACCCUAAUAAUCCUGUAAUGAGUUCUUAAACUUACUGAUUAGAUGCAUACAAAUGAAAUUAUGAUAUUUUAUUUGGGUA